GGGGUAUCAAAAUGGCGGUCGGCCGAUCAAGGUUAUCGUUCUUAGCUUAUUUUUUACUAGUUUCAUUUUCCACCAUCGUAGAAGCACAAAAUGAGGACAGCGAUUUAGUCAAAGAGAAGGAAGCUGCCGAGAAAGAGAAGAAAUACAGUGAGAUCGACACGGCAUUCCUGCUUGUCAUGAUGUUUUUGUUGAUUAUCACCGUGUUAACUGUAUGGUUGUUUAAAGUAAAGCGUUUCCGCUUUCUGCACGAGACGGGAGUUUGUAUGAUAUACGGUAUGAUAAUUGGUCUUCUCAUAAAAUAUUUAAGUAGAAACAAGAGAGUGGAAGUUACUUACCCAAACUGUACCAUAAGUACUGCAAGAAAGAAGCUGUAUAUUAGCACUUCAAAUGGUUCACAGUAUUCAUAUACAUUGUCUGGAGCAGUGCAGAAUUCUGGUCAAGAAAGUGAACUGGAGCAGAUGGCUGUUUUUGAUCCUGAAAUAUUUUUCUAUGUUCUACUGCCACCAAUUAUUUUCUAUGCUGGAUAUGACAUGAAAAAGCGCUUUUUCUUCCGAAACAUUGGUGCCAUCCUUACAUACGCAUUUGUUGGAACAACUGUCUCGUGCAUGGUGUUUGGGGGGACAAUGUAUGCCUACACAAAGUUCGAUUCUAGUCAUGUACCCAAAGAAUUUGGUUUCCUGGAAUGCCUCUUAUUUGGAGCUCUGAUAUCAGCCACAGAUCCAGUAACAGUGCUGGCUAUUUUUCAUGACCUGCAUGUGGAUGUGGAUCUGUAUGCUUUGGUAUUUGGUGAAAGUGUCAUGAAUGAUGCUGUGGCAAUUGUUCUCUUCAGAUCUGUCGAGACGUAUCUGUUGGACAACGCAGGCACUGGAUUUCAAGUUGAUAAGUUCUUUGAGUCAGUGGGUGUUUUCAUUGGUGUUUUCUCGGGUUCUUUCUUUCUCGGUUUUGCUAUGGGUCUUGUUACUGCUCUUGUGACAAAACUCACCAAAAUCUCAGACUUUCCUCUCUUAGAGACGGCUUUGUUCUUCCUACUGUCAUGGACCACAUUUCUCAUGGCAGAGGCAGCCAAUCUAACAGGUAAUCACGAUGAAAAUAAUGUUGGGAAUGUAGUUGCCAUGACUUUAGGAAGGCUUUUAAACGUUUAUCCAUUGUCGUUUUUACUUAAUUUGGGAAGGCACAGGAAGAUUAGUUACCAAUUUCAGCAUAUGAUGAUGUUUGCAGGUUUGCGAGGUGCCGUUGCAUUCGCUUUGGCCAUGCGCAACACGGAAUCAGUUUCUCGUCAAAUGAUGUUGACGUCAGUACUAAUUGUGGUUUUAAUAACUGUUAUUAUCAAUGGAGGUGCUACCAUGUCGGUACUCUCUUUUCUGAGGAUAAGGGUUGGCGUAGAUCCUGAAGAAGAAGAUAAGCGGUCUACCUAUGUUUCGGUCAGCACUGAAGCCGACGACAAUCUCAGAUCUGCGCAGUCUCAUUACGAAAGAGCUUGGAUCUUUAGAAAGUGGUACGACUUUGAUGUCAAGUAUAUGAAACCUAUUUUUACCAACUAUGGCCAGCCUCUGACAGAGACUUUACCGGGAUGGUGCGGUCCUCUUGCAAGAUUCCUCUCAAGAUCGCGGCCUGAUGCAAAGGCAGAAACCGUGGUAACAGAUAGCGACGAAGACAUGCUGAAUAUAAAUGGAGAACUGAGUUUUACCAGCGAAGUUAUGGUCAGACCCGCCAGCGGCAGUGUGAACAGUGGUGAGCCGCCUGAUCAGAUAUUGGAAGGAGACCUUGGAUUAGGUGCUGUGCAAAUGACAAGCAGAGCAUGAAUCAUUUUUAUUAAACCAAAGGUUCCUGUAAGUAAUUAACUACCAUAACGACAGCCAAGAUCCAGCCUCAGAUAAGCGCUUAUCUGUUAGUUCAGAAGUUAAAAUUAAACCUUCUCGCCCUGGUGAAAUAGGAUCACGUCUAGGAGAAAAAAAAUAGUUUUUUCCUUCAAUUAAAAGUGGAAUUGCUUCUGGCAUUGUCAGGUAUGGAGGCCUCGGUUAUUCAGCUACUUCAUGCACCCUAUGAAAAUUUCGGGAACCUAUAUCGUGCAUCUCAGAUUCUAACUCUAGCCUCCUAUGUAGUCGUCAAGGGAGUCGUCACACUUCUCAGUUACAAGCAAACUCCCUUUUUUUUAAUCAUGCAUUUCGUAUCGAUUUCUAGUUUCUUGGUCUGGUCAGGUAGUUGUCAUAGGAUGUCGACUUAAAGGAGAGCUUAAAAACUGUCUCUUUUACAGUGAAAAGCGCUGAUUGUAAGCUAACUGUCUUUAAUUGUUAAAUUGUAAGUAGUAAGAGUGUUUGGGAUACGUGCUUUGGCCAAUUAAGGUCAAUUUAUUGGUUCGGUCUUAUGUAGUCUUGUAGAAGUUUAAAGUAUUUCGCUCCUCGUGAUUGGUGUUUUACUGUCAUUGACUUUUUUACACUCUGAUUGCAAUUUUUCUACCCCUUUAAUGAAUGUACAAUUUUGAAAUAGUCUUUCCCCUCGUAACACUAUAUUCGAGAGGAAUAAUUUCUUGAUGGUUUCAAACAUGUUAAGUUCGAAGCCGUAUGAGAAGUGGAAUUUUUUGCAAAGUUAGUUUGCUAAUCUGCUAUAACUAGAUUUAAUUUCAAUUAUAUUGAUGAAUAGUUAAUUUUUGAAAUUCACAAAAAUUACUUAAAAAGGCGAUAUUCGUUAUAUGAGGCACCUUUCAAGUUUAAAUGGAAAAUGAUUACUCGACAUUCUGUUUUAACCGAUGGACGUGAGCCGACAAAAUUAGGAUGGGCUCAUAGAGUCUUAUUUUACUGAUUGUUCUUGUUGAGAUUAGUUUGUCAAUUUUCUUCUGACUCAUGCCUAAAGCUAUUACACGUAAGUAGUUUUCCUUAUAAUAAGUAUUACUCCUUAAACUUUGUAAGCUUUUCAUUUCAAAUUUUCUACCUGUUCGUAGUGUAAUCGGUCACUGGUGUUUUCCUUCAAAUAAAGCGAUUUUUUUUUCUAGUCAAUAUACAGGAAAUUGUACUUGAAAGGUUUUGAGUAAGUCAGUUAAUGCAAAUUUAACAUAUUUUAAAGGAACUCGUAUCUUCUUCACUUUGCCUUCGUCAAGUUAAAAAUAAGAAGAUUUUGUCUAAGCCACCGAGAAUUUGUAAGAAGAAUUUUAUCUAGCGAAAAUGAACUUUAAUAAAAUAAAGAUUAAUAGUUUAUUGUCAAA